AUGGAAAAUGCUUCUCCGAGUACACCCAUUCCAGUGGAAGUAAAGGAGUGGAGGCGCCACCUACAACAUUCGUUUGACAAGCUUAGAGAUCAUUUCUGCAGGCAAUAUGUCUUGAGUUUCAUCUAUUCAAGAGAAGGAAAAACACGAUUGCACGCGCAAAUAUAUUUGAGCGAGAAUGGGGAAGACCAGUAUUGGGAUUCUGAUCCCCUGCCAUCACUUCCAUUUCAGGCUUUAUUUGAGAAGUCGCAGCAGUUAGGUACUGUAGCUGGAGAUGUUUUACUUGGAAGAGAUAAAAUACAAAAGAUAUUGCUCGCCAGGCUUACAGAAACAGUGGUGAUGUGGUUGUCUGAAGAGCAGGAUUUCUGGACUGCAUUUGAAGAUGAUUCAUCUGCUAUUCAGCCACUUGGUUUGCAACAGUUGAUUCUUGAUAUGCACUUCACCGUUGAAAUAGCGCGCUUUGCCCGUUAUCCAUCUCGGCAUGCGCACCAGAUUGCAUCAGCCAUCAUUGCCCGUGCAAUCAGGACGUUUUCUGCUAUAGGCAUAGACCCUCAGAGUACACUCCCGGAGGAUGAAUGGUUUGUUGAAACUGCAAAAUCGGCAAUAAACAAGCUUCUGGGAACAUCGGGUUAAGACACCUCUGAAAUUGACGAGGACCACAUCGUACAUGACGAUAUCAUCUCCGAUUCUGAUGAGUCUGCUUCUUCUCUUUCGACGGUUGAAUCCAUCGAGUCGUUUGCUUCUGCAAGCAUGGGAGAACUUGAAAGCCCCAGGUUCACUGAUCCGGAGAGCUAAGAUAUAUUUACAUACAUAUCUCAUUCAUCUAGUUAUAUCUUCCCCGGAAGAUAAAGGUAGGAGCUCAUCGCGUCCCGUCUUUAGCUUUUAGCGGACGUGGCCAUCGGCCAAUCUCUAUAUCACAAGGUAGAUUGUUCAAGAUCCUUUGAGUUCUGAAACUUGAGACUGGCAUUAAUCAACAAGGACCGUGAAGUAGAUUGAAAUUCAUGGAGAGUAUAGGUUGGUGCUUAGUACAGUGCUGAAUUGUUGGUGAAUCGUCGGCAAGUGUAUAGCGUAUUUAAGCAGUGUUUAGUACAUUCACUACCAGUUACUGUCAAAUAGCGCAGCCUCUGUCUCGGUCUCCGUCUCUCUCU